UUUUGUCCAUAACAUGUCAUUUAGUUCAUACAGUGUCACCUUCCACAAGUGAAAGUGAGCUCAUCAGUCAAGGGAGUGAAAAUGACAGACUGCAAGAAAGUCCAUCGCGUCAAAGAAGAAUGCGGAGUACAGUGCCUUCAUCACAGAGGGAAAGUGAGACCAGAUGUCAGGAGACAGAGAGCAGCACUCAAGAGAGUGAAAGUCAGGGCCAGGCAGAGGACCCGAGACAAGUGUUUCCUUAUAAUGUGGCAGAAUUUGUCCCUGUUUAUCUGGAGGAAGAUGAGGCUCUUGAAGAGGCAAUUCAGCGUAGUCUACUAGAAGAGUGUGUAGGACCUGCUGUUAAUACUUUAAAGUCAUCUGAAAUGCUGAGCAAAGAAGAAAUUGCAGGCCUUCUACAAGCUCACAGUGAGAGAGUUAUUACAUUGGGAACAAGACCGAUCUAUAUCAGUCGAGCCAAUGUUUGGACCACAGCCUUACGUGUGUUUAAGAGACCCAGUUUUGCAGAAAGCUGUGACACAUUUGCAAGCGAUGAACAUGAUGCUGUGGAAGAUGCUGCUGACCUUGGGGGUCCCAGACGAGAGUUUUUCCGCUUACUGGUGAAGGCUAUCUUCCAGGACAGUGGAGCUUUUGAAGGCACACCAAAUGGAUGCACACCAAGACUGAACAUGCUCCACUUGCAAAAUGGAGUGUAUCGAACCAUUGGCAGGAUGAUGUCUACAAUAAUAGUGCAAGGGGGUGAACCACCUGCAUUCCUAUCCCCGAGUGUAGUGGACUACAUUGUGUCUGGGGACAUCCUUCAAGCUCAUGUGACACCUGAUGAUAUAGGUGACCCUGAUUUAAGGGAGAACCUCAAUAAGGUUCAACGUGCAACCUUGCAGGAUGAUUUGGAGAAAGCAGUCAGCUGCUGUGACACAUGGCGAUAUCAAGUAGAGGGGCUUCCACUCGUAGUCACCAUGGCCAACAGAGAUGUGUUUGUGAAAAAUGCAGUUCUAUACCAUACUGUUGUGCAACGGCAGAGCUGUCUUGAUCAACUCAUUGAUGGCUUGUCCCACUAUGGAGUUUUAUCACUCCUGAGAGAGAACCCCAGCUUGCGUGUGCUGCUUGACAUACCAGGAGAGGACAAAGGUCAAGAAGCUGAUUUUGUAGCUGGUAUUCUCAAACCAAGCUACUCCGUACUGGGGAGCAACAGAAGAGCUAAGGAGGAGUUGAUGGUGGUCAAAUUUAGGGAGUUUCUCCAAUGUGUUGAAAAUAAAGAGCUGAGAGAGACAUAUGGGGACAGGACUCUAACCAACGAUGAGGAGGCAUUCCUCAAGACUUUGAGCCCUGGUCACAUCCUGGCAUUUGCUACAGGGAGCAGCAAAGUCCCAGCCAUUGGUUUUCAUCCAACUCCUAAAUUAAUAUUUAUUCAUGAUGACAAAAAACAUCUUCCCAUUGUGCACACUUGUGCAAAUGAGCUUCACCUUUUUGUGAACGCAACAACAAUGGCUGAUGAUGAAUUUAACUACUGCUUCCUAGUAGCACUAAUGAAUGGAUCUUUAUUCAGCACCAUUUAAACAACGAGAUGUUUAACAGCUACCAUUAAAAGU